AUGGACAUCGCCAGUGAGUUCGCUGCCAAUCCGUUCUACCGUGAGGAUCAGGAGAGGCGAGGGGGGGAAGAUGUCGAAGUGGAGGAUGACGCUUUCAUGGAAUCAUACUACAAUGAAUUAAUGCAGACGAGGGAGUGUACGGCAUUUGAAGAGGGUGGUGAAAAGAUUGCAGACAGUUUCGAGAAACACGAGGUACGAACUAACAUGUAUGGCUCCGUGGAAGUCCUUAAUACGAGCGCCGUCCAGCUUAGGAUCUGGGAAGGCAUUGGAAAGGUACCGCCAAUAUCUUGA